GCGCCGCCCGUCCAACCAGUCCGCCAGCACGCCCCGUUGAGAUCGCACGAGCCCCCCGACAGGACUAGCCGAGCCGAGCCGAGCCAGGCCGAGCCGAGCCGAGCCAGGCCGAGCCGAGCCGAGCCGAGGACUCCCCUUGUUGCGCGCGCGGCGGUACGAAUCCCCCGCAGAACAGUCCAGGCCGGCGGCGCAGCAGCGCGCAGCAGCGACACGUCCCCGUCUCCUCCCUCACCCCCGUGGUGCUGGCAGGCCAGGCCGCAGGCCAGUGCGGUGAGCGCUUCCAGCGCGUGUGUCGAGUGUGCCCCGGGGCCGAUAAGCUUUACGAGGGAAGUGCCAGCCAACCCUAUACCCGACCGACUGAGCUUACCGCUCCCAAGACCAGGCUGAUCGGACUCGCAGUCAACCCGUGCAUGCUGGCGAUGCCGGGGGGCCAGCUCCCCCGGGGCGGAGGCCCGACCACGGCGGCCCUGCCGUCGUGGCCUCGGUGCCGCGGCCCCCAGGACCCUGCCGGACGCCCCGCGGGACGCCUCGGACCCUGCGGGCGCCGCGGAUGAGCGCUGCGUACGAUGAACACCUCGACGGCGCCCUUCGGGGCCCUGGGGCCCGGCCUGGGGCCCGCGGGGACCUAUGGGGCCUCCAUGGACGCCACGAACGCCACCAUGACGCCCGACCAGGUGCGCCAGGUCAUCGAGCAGUUCCUGGAGCAGCAGUUCGUCUACAAGGAGGCCAGCCACAUUGUGCUCAUCGCCUGCUACGUGCCGCUUUUCCUCGUGGCGCUCUUCGCCAACUGCCUCGUCAUCUUCGUCGUCUUCAAGUACCACUACAUGCGGAGCGUUACCAACUACUUCCUGGUGAACCUCUCGUUCGCGGACCUGCUGGUGACGCUCAUAUGCAUGCCCAUGGCCGUGGGCACCAACGUGUCCAAGCUGUGGAUCUACGGCGAGGUCAUGUGCAUGCUCACCACCUAUUUUCAGGGCGUGUCCGUGUCCGCAUCCGUGUUCACCAUCACGGCCAUGAGCAUCGACCGCUACCUGGCCAUCCGUCACCCGAUGGCGUUCAGGAAGGUGUUCAACCGGAAGUCGACCAUCUUCGUGAUCGUGGCCCUGUGGGUGGUGUCGACGCUGCUGUUCGCGCCGCUGCUCUGGGUGCAGCAGACGCAGCCGGUGUACCUGCCGGGCCUUGAGGAGGCCGUCGAGACCUACGGCCUCAAGUUCUGCAUGGAGAACUGGUCCAAGCAGGAUUUCAGCAAAAAGGUUUACGGGGCGUGCCUGUUCACGAUGGUGUACGCCAUCCCGGGGACGGUGGUGGUGGCCGCGUACUCGCUCAUGGGUCGGCGGCUGUGCGCCGUCAAGCCACCCUUCGACGAGAACUCGACGGCGGGCAGCGCCAGCUCGCAACAGGGCUCCCGCCUGGUGCGCGAGCGGCGACGCGUGGCGCGCAUCCUGCUCGUGCUCGCCAUCCUCUUCGCCAUGUGCUGGCUGCCGUACAACGUCAUCAUGCUCGUGCUCGAUCUGCUCGACUCGAGCGACAACGUGCAGUGGCUCAUCGACAUGCUGCCCUUCACCUUGCUGCUGGGCCACUGCAACUCGGCCAUCAACCCGCUGCUCUACUGCUUCAUGACGCGCAACUUCCGGCGCACGGUCAGGGGGCUGUUCACCCGGCGCCGGCCCCGGCCCCUGGGCAACCGGCCGCAGCAGCGCUGCAAAGUUCCAGAUUCGAGCUUGCCCCCGUACAGCCAGCGCCACCUCUUCGAGCGGCUACGAUUCGUAUCACAGCCCUCACAGACGAUGCUACGUGCUAAGGCUGCACACAUUACGCGACAGUCGCGGGGAUCAUCACGAGGGCCACGGGGCGCAGUGGGGGCCGCAGUGGGGGGGCCCCAGCCCGGGCCCCAGCUCGAGCACGCGGCUCACGCGCCUCGUCCGCACGCCCAGUGGGCCCAGCGCGGCGCCCACCAGGAGCAGCCUCAGCCUGGAGCAACGCUACCUGUGAGCGGGCCGCAGCAGGCCGGGCUGCAGGGCCUGCACCUGCACCACAGCCACCACCACCACCACUACUGCAACAACACGGAGGACUCGGUCUCCUCGCUGCCGCCCGAGAGCGACGCGGUCGAGCUGCACCACUUCAAGGCCAACGGCAGCCUCAACGGCAUCGCCGCCACGCCGUAGCGGCAUAGGGUGGCUCUCGCCCCCCGCUCGCUCCGGGUCUCAAUCCCACCGACUGCACCGUUUCAUUUAUUUUUACCUUUUCUCGUCGAGUAUCGUUUCCGCCGGGUCUUCCCCUAUGUUGUAGAAAUGGUUGUGAAAGCGUUUGCUACGUUGUGCGAAUGGCGUUGUGAAUUUUCUAUGAUUGUAAUCACUUUUGAAAGCCUAUUUCGGUAUAUGUGUGCGGCCUCACCAGUAAUGUUACCAGUUACAUAUACCCGUAUGUUGUUUUGUAUGCGUGCGUGUAUGUGUUAGUCGAUACCCCGAGCCUUGCGUCUUUAAGGCACGGGGUAUCGGCAUCUCCUGUUUGCGGCCUCCGAACUUAGCAGUCAACCGCCUUAAAUGUUUUUUUUCCCAAACAAUAUUUUUUUAAAUGCCCCAAGCCUAAUUUGCUCAAGGAUUUAGUCAUCACUAUUGAUGUUUAUUUUGUUUGUGUUCAGUUUUCCGCUAGGCUUGCUGAAUUAUUGAGGGAAAAGUGUCUCAAACCAAUAAAGACAAAGACAAUUUUUGAUUGCUAAUUAGAAGAAAAUGGAAGAGAGCACAUGCAUUUCAGUGAUGGUGCUGGCGCCAGUAAGUAGGCAGAUAAUCACAAAUUAAUAUGUCAGCUCUCUGCUGGGCAGUGGAAAAAUAUGAGAGCUUAAGAAGUGACUGUUUUGAUGAUUACCUGUGAUCGAUUGUUUUAAGCAGAGAAAUUUUGUCCAAUAUUUACCGACAAUGUGUAAAUGAGCUUACAGUGUCCAUAUCACAUUGGCAAACAAAGAGACUAUGUACUUUCCUAAAAAAAUAAAAAAAUACAACAUUCCUAGGCCAGUUAAGAAACAAGCCUAGAAUGCUUAAUUUAAAGUCAGUGUGCCAUUACUCUUUUCUCAUAUUUUUGUAAGAUUACUAGGUACCUUCAGAGCUCAUUUCUUGGAGGAUUUGUUUGAUUUGCCUAUAAAUUUGUUGUUGUAAGUACAAACUAUCUUUAUAAAAAUUUCUAACUCAUUUGUCACCAAGUGUACAAAACGGAGAGUGACUUCUGUAAAAUUCAUGUUCAUUGUAUUAUGAUAUUUUUCCAAGAUAAAAAAUAUUGAUAUGAAGCCAA